GGCGCGGCGAGUACACGCGGGCGCUGGCGCGGAGCAGCUCAGGGUCGCCAUGGCGGAGGUGCAGCAACUUCGAGUGCAGGAGGCUGUGGACGCUAUGGUGAAAAGUGUGGAGAGAGAGAAUAUCCGGAAGAUGCAGGGCCUCAUGUUCCGGUGCAGUGCCAACUGCUGUGAAGACAACCAGGCGUCUAUGCAGCAGGUGCACCAAUGCAUAGAGCGCUGCCAUGCACCUCUGGCUCAAGCCCAGGCCCUGGUCACCAGCGAGCUGGAAAGGUUCCAGGACCGCCUGGCCCGGUGCACCAUGCAUUGCAACGACAAAGCCAAAGACUCAAUGGAUGCAGGAAGUAAGGAGCUUCAGGUGAAGCGACAGCUAGACAGCUGUGUGGCCAAGUGUGUGGAUGACCACAUGCACCUCAUCCCAACAAUGACCAAGAAGAUCAAGGAGUCUCUGUCAUCCAUCGGGAAAUAAAAUUGUUUGCCAGUGACCAUUGGGGCUGAGAGCAGGCUGUUUAAGGAAGAAUGGAAGUUUAAUAUGUUAAGCAAUGUUUACGAAUGAGGAAAACUUAGGACACAGCAAGUUCCAGGCAAACGCGGCUCACUACCAGACACUGGUUCCUUUACAUCUGGAUCUUAGAAGGUGACGUGGAAAGAAGCUGGUGCUGAGAUUUGGAUCGCAGAUAGCUCAGAGGAGAAGUCUAGAUCCUAAAUAUUUAUGUGCAAUGUUUGUUCUGUAGUAGAGAUCAACCUUGUACCAAGGGCUGAGAUUUCUACUACAAACAUCCAGGCUGGUGGCUCUCUCUUAAACCUGGUAAAACCUGAGGAGAGGUGGGUCUCCUCAGAGAAGCUUGGCAAAUCCUGUUCACCACAAGUAACACCACACCACCUUGCAUAUGUUAUGAAACAAAACCCAGUAGGCUAGUGAUUUAGAGAGAGGAAAAGAUCUCCUUUCCAAAUCUAUAGUUUGCUUGGUUUUGUCUUCUGUGCAAGGGCACACAGUGGAUUUAAGAUACAGGAGGGAGAGUGGUUUAAAUAACUUCUAAAGGUUCCUAGUAUUUUCUGGCCAUCAAGAUGGGAAUGUCCAUUUCUUCAAAUUCUGUUAUUCUAGAAACCCCAGAAAAGCCAGACAGUGUCACAGUGUACAUGGGAAACAGCUUUCUUCACUGACUUGUACACCGAAGUGACACAUCCUCACGAAAAGCAAGUGGGGUUGGUUGUCACUCACACGCCAGUCGCUAGAAUAAACAGGAGCUGUUGAGAAGUAUUGGCCUUGGGUUCACAAAAUAAAAGUGCAAACCCAGUAUUAAUCAGCUCUGAAUUUACAGAGCCUUGUAGCCACAAGGAGGCCUAAAAGUAAGCAACUUGGGCCAAGGAAAGCUAGGGCCACUACAGCAGGAGAAGCACACACCUUCUUACCAAAUGCCAUUUUUACUGGGGGUUUUGCAGUGCAGUGUUGCUGGCCCAAUGUGGCACCUUAUCUAUUGGAUGAGUACUAUAUUGUAUUUAUACCAAUUUAAUUACUUGAAACAGUGAUACAUUUGUCUGUUUGCUGUGUUAAGCCUGCAAUAUAUUUUCCAAGUGGUUUGGUUUUUAAAUAAAGUUUCAUUGUCUCC